AUGGAAGCAGGAAACUUUACUAAGGUGACAGAGUUUGUCUUCCUGGGACUCUCAGAGACUCGGGAGCUGCAGGAUUUUCUAUUUCUGGUAUUCCUGAUUGUCUACAUAACAACCAUUUUGGGCAAUCUUCUCAUUAUGGUCAUCGUUACUUCUGACAACCGACUCCACACUCCCAUGUAUUUUCUUCUCCGGAACUUGGCUGUUGUAGAUGUCUGUUUUUCAUCUGUCACUACUCCUAAGAUGUUGAUUGAUUUCAUAUCUGAGUCCAAAACCAUCUCCUACCAGGGUUGCAUGACUCAGAUCUUUUUCUUUCAUUUUCUAGGGGGUGCUACAGUCUUCUUCCUCUCAGUGAUGGCAUUUGACCGCUACAUUGCCAUCUCCCGACCCCUCCAUUAUAUCACCAUCAUGAAUCCUCAAAUGUGUUUUGGGUUGGUAGUGGCUGCCUGGGCAGGAGGCUUUGCCCACUCCAUUGUUCAGCUCGCUCUCCUGCUUCCCUUGCCUUUCUGUGGCCCCAGCAUCCUGGAUAACUUUUAUUGUGAUGUUCCCCAAGUCUUGAGACUUGCUUGUACAGAUACCUCUUUUCUGGAGCUCCUCAUGAUUACCAAUAGUGGGAUGUUGGACCUCAUCUGGUUCCUCAUCCUCCUGGCUUCCUACACAGUCAUCUUGGUGAUGUUGAGAUCUCACUCAGGGGAGGCAAGGCGCAAAGCUUCCCUCACCUGUACCACUCACAUCAUUGUGGUGUCCCUGAUAUUUGUGCCAUGCAUUUACACAUAUGCCCGGCCCUUCACCACCUUCCCUAGAGGUAAAGUCAUUUCCAUUAGCUAUUCAGUUAUGACCCAUAUGUUGAACCCCAUUAUAUAUACUCUACAAAAGCAAGAAAUGAAGUCAGCUGUGAGAAUGUUGUGGACAUGA